UUCGGUAAGCGACUUCGAAGUCAGCUCACAUGCAUCGCCCCGUCGGCUGUCUCCCCUUCCUCGUGAGUCGGCGUGGCGCCACCGGAGGAAGUGGGGAGUUGUCUGAACCCCUGCCCUCUUCUUCCUUUGUUUUGUUUGCUUAAUUUCAGUUAAAGUUCCACUUCCACUUCCCUUCGUUCACACACUUCCGCUCGAGUCAAUGAAACCAAAACCCAACACCACAGCAGCUCCCAUUCGGGCCAUUCCCCAAUUCUUCAUCCACCUUCUCCGCCAUUCGACGAGAAUGAAGUCCAAGGCAGCGGAAGCAGGUCUCUGGUCGAUUUGGCUAUCUGGGUUGAUGCUCGUUGGCCUCUCCCUUUACGCCACUCACAAGUUGCCGUCGGCGAAGGACCGGAUCAAGAGCCCGUCGCUCAACCGCAAGGUGUCCACCGACCGGGCCGGGCCGAGCAUCGCCAUAUUUGCCGCGCCCGAGCCCUUUGCCGGCUCGGCCGGAGCCGCGCAGCGGGUCGCGAUCCGCUCGUGGCUCGGGCUGCCCUCGCGAGUCUCGGUGGUGCUAUUCAGCCGACACGAGUCCGUCGUCGCCUUCGCGGCUGAACUUGGGCCGCGUGUCUUGGUCGAGCCCAAUAUCGAUUUUACGUUUCUGGGUAUCCCAUUCUUUCAUUCCAUGGUGGCAAGGUCGCAGGGAUUUGCAUCGGACAUAUGUGUGUUUGUCCAUCCCAAGACCAUCCUACUUACCAACUUUGUUUCGGCACUGAAUUUUGUCCAUGAACUCGAUUGCGACUGGUUCCUUUUCGCUUCCCCGCAUAACCUCUCAUAUUUCCCAUUUUACUUGGACAAAGAUGGGAAACAUUGGCUGAGGGAGGAUGGCAAGCGGGUCAAAAUGAAGGAGUUGCAGGAGGUUAUCACUCAGAAUUCGCCACCUAAUAACAAUGAGGGAAGAUUGAUCAUGGCAUGGAACAGAGGGGAUUUUCCCUUGCAUACUGGAACACUUCCUCCUUUCUUAUAUGGGAAGGGAAUACACAACCAUUGGGUCAUUAAUGAGGUUGCAUCGUCUGAACUGAGGUUUGUGCUUGAUGCUAGUUGGAGUAUUUCAAGUUUCUAUAUGACUGAUCCUACACCUCGGUCUAAUAAGUGUGGAGGCUGGUCUGGUGAUCCAAGCAUUGAGGAAAGAAGUUGGGAAUGCGCUGGCAAUUCUCUUCUAGGAGCACUCUACGGAUCAUCACUUUUCCAUGAAGCUAAGCAUUCCAGUCUGGUGAAACUACUGAGAUGCAACGGCACAUAUCUAUUUGCUGACACGUCUGACAACAUCGUCCACAUAUUUGGGAAUGCAAAAGCAUUUGGCUUGCUUGAAAGGAGGAUCUUGCAUUUUUGGAGAAAGAAGAAGCUAGCAGCCUGUGCUAGGGAUGUUAAUUCAUCACAUGGUGUAUUUAAUUGGUCCCUAAAAGAUCAGUUGAAGCCAUCAGUGGGAUUGGAUUAUCCAUUCACGUUGGAGUCACUCCUCUCGAUAAUUGCAGACAAGAAUAGGACAAUUGUGCUCGGUGUUGCUGGAUUUAGUUAUAAGGAUAUGUUGAUGAGUUGGGCUUGCAGACUGCGGGGCCUCAAGAUGACAAAUUUCAUUGUCUGUGCUCUUGACGAUGAAACUUAUGAAUUUUCAGUCUUACAAGGGCUUCCAGUUUUCAGGGAUUCAUCAGCUCCAAAUGAUACUAGCUUCGAUGACUGCCACUUCGGGACAAAAUGCUUUCAAAGGGUGACCAAAGUGAAGUCCAGAAUAGUUUUGGAGAUACUCAAGCUAGGAUAUAGUGUACUUCUUAGCGAUGUUGAUGUCUAUUGGUUCAAGGAUCCGUUACCACUGGUCUCCUCAUUUGGUCCGGCUGUUCUCGUCGCACAGUCUGAUGAAUUUAAUACAACAGGACCUAUUAACAUGCCCAGGCGCUUGAACUCUGGCUUUUAUUUUGCUCAUUCUGAUGUUUCAACAAUCGCUGCUUUGGAGAAGGUGGUAAAGCAUGCUGCUAAUUCAGGCCUGUCAGAGCAGCCGAGUUUCUACGAUACAUUAUGUGGGCUAGGGGGAUCCAAUCGCUUGGGUGAUAACGCAUGCUUUGAAUCCGAGACAAAUUUGACCGUUCAUUUUCUGGACAGAAAUUUAUUUCCAAAUGGUGCAUAUGGAGGACUUUGGGAGGAAAGAGAUGUCAGAGAGGCCUGUUUGAAGAAGGGUUGUUUUAUCCUUCACAACAAUUGGAUUAGUGGAAGAAGGAAGAAGCUGGAACGUCAGGUGUUAUCUGGACUUUGGGAAUAUGAUAUCAGCACAAGGAGGUGUCUGUUGAGCUGGCAUUAAAAAGAAUUAGCAAGUAAACCGUAAUACCCUGUAGGUGCUUUUCCUAUCUGUCUCUUGCAGACCUUGGUUUUCACGAGGAAGAAAAUUGAUUAGAGAUAUUAUUUUACCAUCCAUGAUUGUGAUUGGGGUAAGCAUUGGUUUCAUCGGCGAAACAUGUUCGAAGAUGUUAAGACAAACAAAGCUGGCCAAGGGAAAGGCCAGAAGGUAGCUACCACUGUGAGGAAUCAGGGACACAAUGUGAUGCCAAAUCACAGUUUUAAGUAAUUCUGGUUCGCAACCAGUUACUGCAUAGUGAUCAGCUAUGCUGAAGAACUGCAUUAAUUUGCUGGGGCUAGUCUCCCACAAGGAGCCCCCCUCAACAGCGAAAAGGGCCAUUGCUGGAGCGUCCUUCUCGCUGGAAAUAAGCAUACAGUUCGGAGAUAUUUCUCUGGGCUCACAAUUGAAUGAUGUCUCUGUGAGAAUAAUCCAUGCAGGUGGGCGAAUCGAGCUGUACCAAGAUGUGAUUCCUGCAUCCUAUGUGAUGGAGAAAAAUCCUGGCAUGUGCGUUGCACUGCCGGAAGUUUUCAGGAAGCCCCACGAAUCCAUAUUGAGUCCAGAAGAAGAUUUAGUACCCGGCAGGAAGUACUUUAUACUUCCAUCCACCACUGCGAGCAAGCUGAAGCGCAAGUACCAAGAAAAAAUGAAAGCCAAAGAAGCUGCUGCUGAUGAGACAAAGUUGGAUGUGAGAACCAAUGUUAUGAAAACCAAUGUCAACCCAGGCGAAGCACCCAUCGAGCAACCCAUUUGCUUGGCUAAAGAUUUUUACACCUCAAAGGACCGAUGGUCAAGAUAUUCGAGGAGAAAGAGGGGCAUCAGGAAGCAGCCUUUUGUACCCCCUAUACCAAGGGCAAGAACGCUGCGUUCAAUGACAUGGGAGCCGAGCCUGUCAUCCAUACAAGAGCUCUCUCCAUGAUUCUCUUUUGUUUCAGGGCUCCCGGAGUCCAUGGUUGUUGACGUUUACAUACUUCAAUCUCAAAUUUUGUACUUCUCACAGAUAUCAGAUAAGCGAUUUUUCUUUUAUUCUAUGUUGAAUGAUCCAGACAGUCUCAAUUUGUUGGACAACAAAUUAUCCAUUUCCCGUGUAUGCCUCCAUAUUUCUGUUUUGCUGUUGCCCUGAAACAUCUAACAGCGUGUUAGUGAUAUUGAAGUACAAGUAGUUGCACUUGAUCGCA